AAAUUCAUACAUCAGUGUACAUUUCUGUGCCGUACGGUGGUCGUGAGUCAUUUUGUCUAUAAUGCUUCUUAAACGUUGUGUUGUGAAGUUUUGAACUGUUUUUCGUUAAUGUUAAUUUAUUUUUAUUUAUAAAAGAUUGUUUAGAGGUUUUUUUUUUCUUGAAUCAUGUUCAAAUUCAUCAAAGGAAAAACACCACAUCAAAGCAAUACAGAAAGGCAGAAGUUGCAGAAAGAACUUUUCUCUUACAGUAGGACCGCCCAGCAUGGGUUCCCCCACAAACCGACGGCCCUCGCAUGGGACCCAACCCUACGCUUGCUGGCCCUUGGCACGGCCACAGGCGCCAUCAAGGUCUUCGGCCAACCUGGUGUCGAGUUUUACGGCCAGCACCAAAACCCAGCCGCAGUCACCAAGUUGAUCUUCCUGCCAUCCCAGGGCAAGGUGGUUUCUCUAUGUGACAACAACUCGCUGCACCAAUGGGAAAUCAACAACGCCCUCACGGAGGUCAAGUUCCAGUCGUUGGAGGGCAAGCUGAAGAAGAUCUCGACCCUGUGCGUGGAGUCGAGCAAGAAACACCUGCUGCUUGGCACAGAGGGCGGCAACAUCUAUCUGCUGGACUUGGCAACGUUUACUAUGACGCCGGAUAUAAUUUAUCAGGAUGUUGUCAUGCAAAACGUACCAGAAGAUUACAAAUUGAAUCCUGGAGCCGUUGAAUGCAUCGAAGAACAACCGGGCAAACCAGACAACAUACUGAUCGGUUAUAACAGAGGACUGAUGAUACUAUGGGACAAGUCGAAGAACACUGCCAUCAAAUCGUUUGUGGUAAGCCAACAGUUGGAGUCCGUAUGUUGGAGUGACGACGGUGAUAGUUUUUACAGCUCCCAUAAUGAUGGGAGUUAUAUGAAGUGGAACGUGGAAGAAACAGUUAAACCCGAACCAGUGACGCCCUAUGGACCUUUUCCUUGCAGAAGCACCCCCAAAAUUUUAGUCAAAGAACAAAAUGCUACGCCUUUGAUCGUCUUCUCCGGUGGCCUCCCGAGAGCUACUUAUAGUGAUAAAUAUACGGUCACAGUGAUCCAUGGAGAUGACCACCAUGUGUGUUUUGACUUCACCAGCAAGGUGAUAGAUUUUAUAAUAAUUGACUCCAAGCCCGAAAAAGCUGAAGGUAGUAAGGAAAAUUUAGUUAACGGGGACAACGGAAGUGGUAAGGGAGAACCGGAAGCUUUGAUAGUUCUUGCCGAAGAAGAACUGGUGGCAAUCGACUUGGAAUGUAAAGAAUGGAAGAUGAUGAGUCUACCUUAUUUGGUGACAUUGCACGCCUCAGCGAUCACCUGCAGUCAAUACGUUUCAGGCGUUCCCGAAGAACUCUGGAACCUCCUCAAGGACGCAGGCCGCGCCCAGACCAGCCACCUCUACUCCAACAAGGCGUGGCCAAUCGACGGAGGCGAUCUCCUCCAUCCCAAAGACACUGACAAACCCAGACGCGAGCUCCUCCUCACAGGCCACGAGGACGGCACCGUCCGUUUCUGGAACGCGGGAGGCGUCACCCUCACGCCCAUCUACAAGUUCAGCUCCUCCCAGUUCUUCGUGGGCGACGCCUUCGACGAGGUGUCGCCCGACGCCGAAGACAUGGAGGAGGAGUGGCCUCCAUUCAGGAAGACGGGUAUCUUCGAUCCGUAUUCCGACGAUCCUAGACUCGCGGUGAAGAAGAUCGACAUGUGCCCCCUCAGCGGCACCCUGGUGGUAGCCGGUACCGCCGGUCAGGUCCUGGUGUCGAAGUUCGACACGGAGGUGCUGGAAGGACCGGUGAAGGCGGUCACGAUGAACAUCGUCAGCGAUAGGGACGGUUUUGUAUGGAAGGGACACAGCCAGUUGUCGGCCAAGACGGAGGACGUGAGGCAGAGCCGAGGAUUUCAGUGCACGUCGCUGUUGCAGCUCCACCCACCUGCCGCGGUUACUUGUUGCGUGCUGCAAGCCGAUUGGGGGUUGGUCGCAGCGGGCACCGCCCAUGGCGUGGCCUUGUUCGAUUACGUCAGGAAGGAGGCGGUUAUGGUCAAGUGUACGUUGAAUCCUAAUGAUCUCACCGGUGCUGGAGACGCACCCAUAUCCCGAAGGAAGUCCUUCAAGAAGUCUCUGAGGGAGUCCUUUAGACGUCUGAGAAAGGGUAGAUCGCAGAGGAGAAGCAGUAACCCUCAAGGUAACACGACAGCAUCCCCCACUUCACCGCCGGCUCGUAAACUUCCUACCAGCGAGGAGUUUGCGGAGACCAAGCCCGUAGAGAGACAGAUCGAGGCCAGACCCGCCGAUGAGCCUAUGGGGUCCUUCGUCAGGUGCUUGUACUUCGCCAGGACGUUUCUUAUCAACUCUCAAAACACAAACCCCACCCUGUGGGCGGGCACACACAACGGCACGGUGUACGCCUUCACGGUAGCCGUGCCCAAUACCGGACUCAGGGAGACCCAGCCCGUCAUCUGUCAGUUGGCUAAAGAGAUCCAGCUCAAACAUAGGGCACCCGUGAUCGCGGUGGCGGUGCUUGACGGCUCCAACAAGCCCCUCCCCGAGCCUCUGGAGGUGGAGAAGGGCGUGUCGCCGCUGCCCGAUACCACGCAGGCGCACCGGGUCAUCAUAGCGUCCGAGGAACAGUUCAAGAUAUUCACCCUGCCCAAUUUGAAGCCCUACUGUAAAUACAAGCUCACAGCCAACGAAGGGGCUAGGAUAAGGAGGAUGAACUUUGCCACUUUCCACGGCAACCGUCCAGAGUACAAGGACUAUUCGGAGAUCGAUCUCCUCUGUCUGACCAACAUUGGGGAGUGUCUCAUUUUGACGAUUCCCGAGCUCAAGAGGCAGCUUACUGCAGCUACGAUAAGGAGGGAGGACAUCAACGGCAUAUCUUCCCUGAUAUUUACGAAGAACGCCGAAGCCCUGUACUUCCAUUCGUCCUCCGAACUGCAGAGGUUAUCCCUGUCCACUACGUUUUCCACGCACGCUAGAUGUUUCUUGAAAAUACCCAACGGUGGAACAGAAGAAACGGCCGCCGAAGAAGCGACAGAGGCUGAGGAACAGCAAACUGGGGAAAAUUUGGACUUGGAAGAAGCGGUGGUAGUAAAUGGCAAUGCGGAGAUUAAAAAUAAUAGCAUAACAGACAAUAAGACUGAAGAAGUGAAAGAAAACGGCGAAGAAACGCCGCAUAACAUGACGGUAUCGAGCAGCAUAGGUGAUAUUACGAUAGACAGUGUCAGGGACCAUUUAGGCCUGGGAUCGAUAGACGAUGUAAAUAGGCAUCUAGCAAGCAUGUCGAUAACGAAAACCAUAACAACCGUGAUCACUAACAACCAAGAGGGCGUGACCAGUUCGACCACAACCACUACCACCACCACUUCUGCAGCCAAUAACGAAGAAAACUAAGUAAAUUGACAAAUGACAGCUUCGAGGAGGUGGACAGGGUUCGGCAUCGUUGGAGCACACUUUAUAUCGAAAAAUAUGCCAUAUCUUUUUCAACAAUCCCUGGUAUUUCAUGCAAAUGGAUGAUUUGUUUCCUACUUAAUCGAACAAAACAAAAAAACGAAUUUGGUGAUCAACUACUUAUUUUUUACUUCAUUCCAUUUAGUACAAAAUCGGGAUAGGAUUUCUGAUUCUAUGCGUGAAUUUGAAAUUUUGUAUGAAGUACCGUUUAGACUAUUUACUCCGUGUGCGAGUAUUAAAUAAAUGAAGAAAUUCCGUAAGUUUAAAUUUUAAGCAAUAUGCAGUAUUUGUACUAUACGAGAGGAAUUUGUGAUAAAAUUUCGAAAUUCUUGAAACAUUUUUUUUGUUUGAACAGUAUUUUAUUUUUUUCUGCAGUCUUAAGUUUCUCAUAGAUGCGAGUUUGUUGUGAAUUUGUUGUUUCGAAGUACAAACUCGAUAGGAACUUUUUUCUCUUUGUAUACUUUUGUCGUGUUGUUUUUACAAGAGAGUUUUUAAUUCAAGAAAUUUACAGGUGGAGGUACUGUGUGUGAAUGAUGAGUGGUUUAUUGAUGAUUUGAAUUUCGGAAAUGUUUAAAAUGUACUGUUUUUCCGAGAAUUGUCUAAUGCCUUAACAUUUUGUUAGUAUUUUAUAUUGAUAUUUUAUCCGAUUUUAUUAUAAAUUUAUAUUUAUAAAUGAUUUAUGCGAGAUAAGCAUCACUAAAUGAAUAAAAGAUUUUAUUAAA